AUGCGGCCUCUCGCCGAGCAGGAGACCAAAACGCUGUUCGAGAAGCUUGCGAAUUACACUGGCCGCUCCCUGACCCACCUCAUUGCACCGCCUUCUGCCGACCCUAACACUACAGGCAAUUCCAAGAAGCAUGAUGAUCGACAUGUUUUUCGUCUACACGGUUCUCGAGUAUAUUAUAUGCCUCUAAGUCUCGCAAACCUAGCGACAUCUGUAGCCAGGCCAAACCUUCUAUCCAUCGGUACUUGCAUUGGCAAGUUUUCAAAGACCGGCAAAUUCAGAAUGCAUAUUACAGCCUUGGAUAUAAUUGCACCGCAUGCGCGUUACAAGCUCUGGGUGAAGCCAAAUGGCGAGAUGCCGUUUUUAUAUGGAGGACACAUCGUGAAAGCGCAUGUGGGGAAAUGGAGCGAGGAUUGCCCGGCACAUCAGGGAGUCGUUGUUCUGUCUAUGAAUGAUACGCCUUUGGGGUUUGGAGUCACAGCAAGGAGUACGGCUGAGGCGAGGAGAUUGGAUCCAACAGCCAUCACUUGUUUCAGGCAAGCUGACAUUGGAGAGUAUCUUAGAGAGGUCUUGAAUAACUUCCUUGCAGCCGGCCUGUUGCUGACGACUUGA